GCAGGCUUUGCCUCUGGCAGCAAGCCUCCUUUUUCCCCACCACUACUUUGAACAGCGAGGAGUUGCCUGUACUUGAGGUUCAUUAAUAAAAAAGAACAGCGAGCUGUCAUGGCGCAGGCAACGGCUUGUCCUGCGUUCCGGCUCGGCGGGUCGCGAUACGACCAGGGUUCCUUUCUUGGCCGCCUGAGACAUUUUGUGGACAUCAUUGACCCAAGCACACUCUUUGUGUCAGAGAAACAACUCAAUGAGAGCAUCCAACUCCUGGAUGACUUCAAGCAUGGAACACUUCCACCGGGGAUCUCUAAUCUUCAGUUGUGGGAAGCCCAAAAGGUCAAACAGGCCAUCAUUCAUCCUGAUACAGGCGACAAGAUCUUCAUGCCGUUCCGAAUGUCAGGUUACGUACCAUUCGGGACACCCAUUGUCAUUGGUCUUCUUUUGCCCAAUCAGACAGUGGUGUCCACCAUAAUAUGGCAGUGGCUGAAUCAGAGUCACAAUGCUUGUGUCAACUACGCCAACCGCAAUGCCACAAAGCCAACGCCAACGUCCAGAUUCCUGCAAGGUUAUUUUGGAGCUGUGACCAGUGCUGUGUCUAUCGCAGUGGGAUUGAAUGUGCUUAUUCAGAAGGCCAACAAACUGAGUCCUGCCACCAGAAUGAUAAUACAGAGAUUUGUCCCAUUUCCAGCAGUUGCAAGUGCAAACAUAUGCAACGUGGCCCUAAUGAGACACAACGAGCUGUCAGAAGGCAUCGACGUGCUCGACGCCAACGGGAAGGUGGUGGGCUCCUCCAAAAUCGCAGCCACACAUGCCAUCGCAGAGACGGCGUUCACACGUGUGGUCCUCCCCAUGCCCAUCUUUGUGCUGCCCCCCAUCAUCAUGUCCUACCUCGAGAGGCUGCCCUUCCUGCAGAAAAACCGCAGACUGAUGCUGCCCAUCCACAGCAUUGUGUGUCUGCUUACGUUCGGGCUGUCUCUGCCCGUGGCCAUCAGCCUCUUCCCACAGAUGUCACAGAUUGAGGUGUCUCGCCUGGAGCCCGAGAUCGCCAUGGCAACAGAUUGCAAGAUUGUGACCUACAACAAAGGUUUAUAAUGGCUGACCUGACUGUCUGAGAGGAAACAAGAUGAGAUGAAAAGAAUGUUAACAUGGAAUCUUAUCGCCGCUUUGUAUGUAUAGAAAUAUGAUCAUAUGAAGUGAGUUUUAUUCAAAUCAUAUGUUGCGUUGUAAAUAGGCCACGUAAAAAGAAACUGUCUGGAAGGCACAUUAAUAGUUUAAACAUGCAAUAAGGGUAUUUGCCACAAGUGAGCAUCAAAAACUUGCAUUGCUUGAAAUAUUUUCAAUUAUGUUUUUCAUAACAACAAUAUAAACAAUAAUAAUAAUGGAUUUGUAUAAAUAUUUUAUAUGUAACACUCGUAUUUUAAAAUGUUUUACUAUCAAAAGAAUAUGUGAAAUAAUUGUAAAUUAUUUAUGCAAUUCUGUAGAUGUUAAUUUCAUUUUUUGGAAUUUCUACAUAAUACAUGAACCAGGUUGUCAUUGUUUUAUGAAUCGGCUCAAAAACAACGACAGAGCUUUUACUCUUUGAGUUGACUGAUAAUGUUCCUCCAAGUAAUACUUUCAUCAUUAAUACACUGAAUGUAAAUGUUUUAGUGAACAGCACGUGUACGAUGAAUCAUAUUCCUAUCAAUGUGUUCUAUCAGCUGGCAUACAACAUGGCGCAUGGAGUUUUACAUUUUAUUUAAUUGUACCCAUACAUGACCACAAAUGUGUCCAAUAACCUGCAUUCCUCAACUUCUUGUUAAUUUGUUUAAAUGAUUAGCAAGGUUGUCUGUCACUGGAUGUACAGUAUGUUAUCACCUUUACAAUAUGAAGUGAUGUUUUUAGUUUUACUCUAUUUUGAGAUAUUGCAGGGUUAAUUCUCCUCUCUUAACUGUGAGAAGCACUGCAAUAAACAAUAAUAGUCCAAUGACAGUCAACUUGACUGUUGUUCCAAUAUGUGGAUGGAAAAAGGUGUACAUGAUUUCAAAGUGUCUAUUGACACAUGCACACAAGUACCAAUAAUGAAACAAACUCUGUCAUUCUUUGUAUUGUACAGUAUGCAUUCCUAACAACUUAUUUUGCACAGUUUUUAGACCAAUUUUAUAACACUCUGAAUAAAAUGAAAGUGUUGUUUUUGAAUAUUUGUUUAAUUUACACCAAAAGCUUAUUGGGUGCAAAGUGCAUGAUUUAAAACACUAAAUAAAUUUACUUAAUAUA